AAGAGGAGGAGGUGACAUACACAGUCAUUGAUCAGUUCCAGCAGAAGUUUGGUGCUGCAAUGCUCCACAUCAAGAAGCAGAGUGUCCUGAGUGUAGCUGCUGAAGGGGCUAAUGUGUGUCGCCAUGGGAAGCUGUGUUGGCUUCAGGUGGCCACAAAUAGCCGAGUUUACUUAUUUGACAUUUUCCUUCUGGGAAGUCGAGCUUUCAACAAUGGACUUCAGAUGAUAUUAGAAGACAAAAGAAUUUUAAAGGUUAUCCAUGAUUGUCGUUGGCUUUCUGAUUGCCUUUUUCAUCAGUAUGGGAUUACGCUGAAUAAUGUCUUUGACACCCAGGUACAUAAUGGGAAACAUUGUGUUCAAACCAGUGCAUGUAGGUUCUGUUAAGUGCUGAAAAUCUUUUUGGUGUGUGCCUCUCUCCUUCCCACUUCUCAUGUUUGUACAGGAUUUGAGAACAUUUGGUAAACUACAAAAAACACUGCA